UUCGCCCGCCCCAAGCGAGCCUUUAAUGGCGGAUGUUGAGCUGGUUAGUUCAUACAAACUCCUUCUAUAAGAAAUAUUUUUGAUAAAGUAUUCUUUUUUUUCUGUCUGUCUCUUGAAUUGCAGCCACUUUAAACAAUGAUUGAAGCUAUGAAGCGGGGCGCGGACAUGGCGCUCGUUCCCGCCGGGGUGAAGAGACCGAGGACCGAGCUGGUGGCAGCGGCGCAGUCCCAGCAACUCGCUCCCAUGGGUCCUCCACGCAGCUCCAGCUUGCAGGCUCCUAUAAUGUUGUUGUCUGGGCAUGAGGGAGAAGUCUACUGCUGCAAGUUUCACCCUACCGGCUCCAUGCUCGCUUCUGCAGGAUACGACCGCCUCAUCUUGUUAUGGAACGUGUAUGGAGAAUGUGAGAACUUUGCCACACUAAAGGGCCACACCGGAGCUGUAAUGGAGCUUCAUUAUAAUACAGAUGGCAGUCUGCUCUUUUCAGCCAGUACGGAUAAGACGGUUUGUGUGUGGGACAGCGAGACGGGUGAGCGCGUGAAGCGACUGAAAGGCCACACGUCCUUUGUAAACUCUUGUUUUCCUGCUCGUCGUGGUCCACAGCUAGCCUGCACUGGCAGUGAUGAUGGAACUGUGAAGCUGUGGGACAUCAGGAAGAAGGCGUCUGUUCAUACGUUUCAAAACACAUACCAGGUUCUAAGUGUUACCUUCAACGACACCAGUGACCAGAUCAUCUCAGGAGGCAUCGACAAUGACAUCAAGGUAUGGGACCUGAGACAGAAUAAGCUGAUUUACAGCAUGCAGGGACACGGAGACUCGGUGACAGGACUCUGUCUCAGCUCCGAGGGAUCCUACUUACUGUCCAACUCCAUGGACAACAGUGUGCGCGUUUGGGAUAUCCGUCCUUUUGCCCCGAAAGAGAGAUGUGUGAAGAUUUUCCAGGGAAAUGUCCACAAUUUUGAAAAGAAUCUUCUGCGCUGCUCUUGGUCACCAGAUGGCAGUAAGAUAGCAGCAGGCUCCGCCGACAGGUUUGUGUACAUCUGGGAUACAACCUCUCGUAGAAUCCUUUAUAAGCUUCCUGGUCAUGCAGGAUCAGUCAACGAGGUGGCCUUCCAUCCAGAGGAACCUAUCGUUCUGUCUGGAUCCAGUGAUAAGCGGCUCUACGUAGGGGAAAUUCAGUAGUCUGUGUGUGUGUCUGUGUGAGAGAGAGCGAGUGAGAGAGUUUGGAGGUAGGGGUGGGGAUUCAUGAUCUUGAAAAACAAUUACAUUUUGAAACAAUCCUUGGCGGUGGAUAAAAUGUUGGACUCCUUUUCUAUGCUUUUAAUAAACUUUUUUUUUUGAUAAAUGAA